CUACGAAAGUCAGGCAACAUGGCGGCGAGAGUGCGGUUGAUUGACAUUGGCGCGAACUUGGCGGACCCAAUGUUCGUGGGGCUUUACCGAGGAAAGCAAAAGCAUGUGAACGACUUCGAGCACAUGCUGCAGCGCGCGUUCACGUCGCAGGUCGAGAAAAUCAUCAUCACCGGGGGAUCCCUGUCCGAGAGCAAGGAAGCGCUAGCAUUGGCUCGCACGCAUGAUCGACUGCACUGCACUGUGGGCGUCCAUCCCACUCGAUGCAGCGAAUUCAUCGCCGACCCUGACGGGUACAUGCAAGGUUUGCAUGAUUUGAUUCAAGACGGCAAGUCCGACCGCAAGGUGGUGGCGGUGGGCGAGUUUGGGUUGGACUACGACCGACUGGAAUUCUGCGAUCGCACCACGCAACAGCUGUACUUUGAAAAGCAGUUUGAGCUCGCACAAGUGUCCAACUUGCCCUUGUUCCUGCACAACCGCAACACGGGCGCCGACUUCUACGACAUGAUCUCGCGGCACCGCGACUCGUUCCGCGACGGUGUCGUCCAUUCGUUCACGGGGUCCGCCGCCGAAGCCAAGCAACUGGUGGACCUCGACCUCUUCAUCGGCAUCAACGGAUGCUCGCUCAAGACACAGGACAACCUGGACGUCGUAAAGUCUAUUCCCAUUGACCGCAUCAUGCUCGAGACAGAUGCGCCGUGGUGCGACGUCCGGCCCACGCACGCGAGCUUCGCGCACGUCCGCACAGUGUUCCAGUCGAACAAACCCGACAAGUUCCAGCUCGGAAGGGGCGUCAAGGGACGCAACGAGCCCAACACCAUCAUGUACAUCCUUAUGUAUGUACAUGUAUAAUGACAUGGGAAUGUCUAUGUAGCCAAGUGCUCGAAGUUGUGAGCGCUAUCCACGGACUGGACCCACAGGACGUGGCCAAGACGGUGUAUGACAACACCUGCCGCGUAUUCUUUCCCGCUGAAUGCCAUGAUUGACAGAUACUACUAGUUCGAAGGAGGAUAUGAUAUCCUGCUAAACAUAAUAUUGGACGAAAGGAGGAUAUUAUAUCCUGCUAAACAUGAUAUA